UCAUCCGCUUUCCAGAAAAAUAUUUCACUAGUAUAAUAAAUAUGUUUUCGAUUGCUAUGUCAAAGCCUUCACCUCCAAACUUAAAUGAUUAUGUAGACACCUCGCAGGAGGUAAUAAAUGCAGGAUAUUCAACUUACUGA